GGGAUGAGACUAGUGGUUGCAUAGUCGAUAGACUGGGCGGGGUUGGGACGCAGGCGGGACCCUUGGGGACGCGAGUCUUGGGCGCCUAGAUGCCCAAACAGAGGCGACUGCGGUCUCGGCUUGGCCUCGACCUCUCAGCACCCUUGGACCUGUGCACCCUGGCCGUCUGCCCUCGGUCCCCAGCCGGCCAUGCCCUCACCCGCGCCUCCCACCGAGCUGCUGCCGUGGGAGCGCGCCGUGGUGCUGUUGUCGUGCGUGCUGUCAGCGCUGGGCUCGGGCCUCCUGGUGGCCACGCACGCCCUGUGGCCUGACCUGCGUAGCCGGGCGCGGCGCCUGCUACUCUUCCUGUCGCUAACGGACCUGCUCUCGGCUGCCUCGUACUUCUACGGGGUGCUGCAGGACUUUGCGGGCUCUUCGUGGGACUGCGUGCUUCAGGGCGCGCUCUCUACUUUCGCCAACACCAGCUCCUUCUUCUGGACCGUGGCCAUCGCCUUCUACCUGUACCUCAGCAUCGUCCGAGCUGCGCGCGGGCCCAGCACGGACCACCUUCUCUGGGCCUUUCACCUCAUCAGCUGGGGUGUCCCACUGGCCAUCACAGUGGCUGCUGUCUCUCUAAAGAAGAUAGGCUACGAUGCUUCAGAUGUGUCCGUGGGCUGGUGCUGGAUCAACCUGGAGGCUGAGGACCGUGUCCUGUGGAUGCUACUGACCGGGAAGCUGUGGGAGAUGCUGGCUUAUGUCUUACUGCCUCUGCUUUACCUUCUGGUCAGGAAACACAUCAACAGAGCGCACCAGGCGCUCUCGGAGUACCGGCCCAUCUGGGAGGGGCGCCAGCUGCAGCGGGGCUCCUCCGCCAUGGCUGAUAAGAAACUGAUCCUGAUUCCCCUCAUAUUCAUCUGCCUCCGGGUCUGGAGCACCGUGCGCUUCGUCCUGACCCUCUGUGGCUCCCCAGCAGUGCAGUCUCCAGUGCUGGUUGUUCUGCAUGGCAUCGGGAACACCUUCCAGGGAGGGGCCAACUGCAUCAUGUUCGUCCUCUGCACCCGCGCAGUCCGCACAAGGCUCCUCUCCCUCUGCUGCUGCCGCUGUUAUCCUCAGCCCUCCACCCAGAGCCCCCCAGGAGCCCCUGCUCCCCGCGGGAUGACAGAAUCUCAGGACUCCGGACUGAUCCCAAAAGUCCCCAGCACUUGAGUGGUUGACUUCCCUUGUUGCUCCCACGGCCGCCUUCCUGGUUCACGCUGCGGGAGACAAGGUCAUACGCACUGGAAGCCUCAACUGGUGAAUCUCGGACCCCCGUGAAGGAAUGGCCAUCAGUGCAGCCUCUUCUACCUCCUCUUCUUAGGCAGGCUGUGGACACCCGCGUCCUGGUUCUGCGUCCUAGCUCUGUGGGGUUUAUUUGUGGAAGCCCAAAGAUGUGGGAUUCCGGAAGCCAGCAAUGCAGGAUUCUGUCAGGCACUGGUUUUCAGUGUCCUGCGGCCACCAGCACUGUUUACUGUCAGAGAGACGCAGAUCUAUGGACCUCUCCAGACAUGACUGAUAACGUGUCAUGGAUUACAGAGAUGAGUCUACCCAGACAUCACAGAAUGGGGUCCAGGUUUGCCAGGGGACUUAGAUUCCCUGGAGAACCUGGAGUAGUUAGAGCUGAACAGCAGAGGCCAGCUCCCUUACACCAGGUCCCCAGUCCACUGAGGUCACAGGAGACUCCUUCAUGGCUCCAAACCACCUAGGCACACACUCAUGGGUGUCUCCCGGGUUCUCUGCUUGGGUCAUCGGCCCUCAAUAUUUAUUGCAUUUGAAUUUCAGCACAGAUCGGAGUCCAUAGUCCUGCCUAUUAGUCAAUCACAUAACAUCCAGGUCCCUUCCAGUACCAGGACAGAAGGUAGCUCAGCUGCAGUCCCUAAGGACAACACUAUUUCACUCACCCCUGUUCUCAGUGAUUCAUGUAGGGGUGAGUUGGGAGGGCGUCUGGCUUUGUUUAGUUAUAUGUUGUUUGUUUUGUUUUGUUUUUUUGUAGGAAAGGUGAUUGGAGAGUUGGUGAAUGGUCCAAAUACUGAUUCCUUCCGAAAGGAAGUAUUUUGAGAUUCAGCCUUGGGCUGGGAUGUAGCUCAGUGGUAGUUGC